AUGUUCGGCGCAGCUCUAAACAAGCCGACUGGGGGAGGAGGGCUAUUCGGCAGCCUGAACACAAACAACCAGCAAAACCAGCAACAAGGCAGCAGUCUAUUCGGUGGGCUGGGGCAGACUACACAGCAGAACCAGAACCAAGGUGGUGGAUUAUUCGGGCAAAGCACGCAGAACCAGAAUCAAGGUGGUGGAUUAUUCGGGCAAAGCACGCAGAACCAGAAUCAAGGUGGUGGAUUGUUCGGGCAAAGCACACAGAAUCAGCCCCAAACGCAACAAGGAGGAGGACUCUUUGGAGGACUGGGCCAAACUCAAGCACAGAACCAGCAGCCACAGCAGAAUGGCGGUCUUUUUAAUCUUGGGCAGAGCCAGAACAACCAACAACAACAGCAGCAACAACCGAACGGCCUCCAGAAUAGUCUCUUCGGACAAUCUACCCAGCAAACCCUUCCUCAACUGGGUCAAAGUCAAGCACUAUGGCAACCGAACAGUGGCGUAACUCGCGAAAAGGAUAUCCAAGAGCAGAUGAAAACCGUUCUGGAGAAGUGGGACACAGCAAAUCCAAAUUGCGCCUUCAAGCACUACUUCUACAAUAAAGUUGACGAUAACAUGGCCCCUUAUUACCGACCUGCUCCAGACGAGGAUCCUAAAGCAUGGGAGGAGGCUCUUUCGAAGAAACCUGGUCCUGGCUAUAUACCGGUAUUGUGUGUAGGAUUUGCUCAGAUGGGUGAGCGGAUCGCGCUCCAACAACGGAACCUUUCGAACUUCAACGUCCGCCUCCACGAGAUCAACAACUCCCUGACCAAAAUGAUGCAAGACCACGAGACGAAGACGAGUAUUAGAGUGAUUGAUGCGCGGAGAAAACACAUCGUCUUGAAGCAGCGGUGUUUAGCAUUGGCGACCAAGGUGCAGGUGUUGAAAAACCGCGGGUAUGCGAUGGCUGGCGACGAGGAGGAUCUGCGGACCAAGCUGUUGGCGUUAGAGAGGAAUGUCACGGAUCCGGGACUUGGUGCGAGAGGGGAGGAGAUCUGGGCAAGGAUGCUAAUUGUGCAAGACCGGGCACGUACCUUGAAGGGUGAACUUGAGAAGGCUGGGGCAAAUGCACCGGAUAUCUUGGAUGAGAAGCUUAGUGAGCAUGCCAAGAGGUUAUUGGAGGACUACAACACCCAAUUGAGACAUCUGAAGUCAGAGUUGGAUAGGGUCAAUGCGGAGUUUGUGGAGUGGCUAAAAGAGCAAGGAACGACAGCGCUCAAAGUCAAGGAGACUACGAAAAAUGAUACCCAUGGCCGAUCCCUACAGUUCCUUUAG